AUGUGGAAGGCAAAGAUUUUGAGCCUUAGUGGCAGGAUGACUUUGGAAAAAGCUGUACUUGGGAACCUUCCAACCUUUUAUCUAUCACUGUUCUCAGCCCCCAUCGGAAUAAUAGAAGAGUUGGAAAAGAUCCAAAGGCAGUUUAUUUGGAGAGGUGAUGCAGAAAAAGCAACUAUACAUUGGGUUGCAUGGGAGAAACUAAAAGCUCCAAAGGAGGUUGGAGGGGCAAGUUUAGGAUCUCUUAGGAACCUAAACUUGGCCCUACUGGCUAAAUGGUGGUGGAAGUUCAAAACAUGUCCUGACUCCCUUUGGGCCCGAAUUGUAAUGGGGUUUCAUAACCCUGCAAACCGUCCCUGGUUCUGCUUCGCAAAACAUAAUCGAGGUGGGGUGUGGUCAUGCAUAGAUAAAGCAAAAAAUGGCUUAUGGAAGUUAAAUAUUGAUGUGAAGGAAAUAAUGAAUACUAAUGAUGGGGGAUUAUCGUGGAGAUCUGACUUUGUGGUGGAUGGAGUUUUUAGCGUGGCAAGGCUUAGAAAUAGACUUGACAGAGCCUCUCACCUGAUUUGCGAUGGGGAUUUCUGGUGGUUGAAUUCGGUUCCAAAAAAGGUGGUGAAUUUUAUUUGGCAAGCAAAGCAGGGGAGGAUUCCAUCUGCCGAGGCGUUAAGGAAAAGGAACAUCCAAGUACCCUCCACAAUGUGUGGGAUAUGUGAACACGUAGAAGAAUCAGUGGAUCACAUUCUCACUUCAUGCAGUUUGGCGAGGAAUAUUAUAACCAUGGUACUAAAGUGGUGUAAUGUUCUCCCUCAAUUCUUUUUAGGUGUGAAUGAGGUGCUUGACUUUGCCGGGAACUGGGGACAUUGCCCAAAAAAGAAAGAGUUGCUUACAUGUAUUAUAUACCGAACCCUCUGGAGUUUGUGGAAGGCAAGGAAUGAUCGGAUUUUUAAAGAAGAAUCAUCGAAACCGGCGAAAAUUUUAGAUUAUAUCAAUUCAUUGGUAUUUACUUGGAGAAAGUAUAGGAGUCCUAGUGGAUACAGUUGA